AUUAUUAGGAUGGACACAGUUCAGUAAAAGCUUUACAAUUCGUUCGAGUGUAAAUUUCUUUGUGUUACGUCUAUAACGUGUUAAUUACGAUUUUUUAUGCAUUUCAUAUAAAAAUUAGAUUAAUUGAAUAGUGAAUGUAUAGUUGUGCAUGACUGCUGAAAAUUUUAAUCUAAAAAAUGUUAGUGCAGGAAAGGAAAAUAUAAUUCGGUUCAUACAUCGAUUUUAAAAACAUGAAUGAAGAUUUCGUUACUGAUUAAAUCUAAACAAUAAAAAGUUUUUAAACAUGUCAAAGACCCGUCAUUGUCACGGUCAAUUGAUAACUACAGACCUACAGCACGCUUAACUUAGUACAUAGACGACAAGGAGCCUUAUUCGUUAAUGAGAAGCCGUCCUGAUAGCAUCCAAUGUUACAUGCUUAAUUAAGACGUGCAAUUUAUUAUCUGAAUUAUUGAAAAUGACAGCGAACGGAAAAAUUGAUAAAGGGAAUAAAAAUGACGCGGUGGCAACACUGGACGAGGCAAUGUUACACACAGGCUUCGGUAUAUACAAUAUUGUUCAUAUGCUACUGAGCGGUAUGAUCUUGAUGGGGGUCAUUGUCCAGAGCUUACUCAUGGGAUAUGUGAUGCCGGCUGCCCAGUGUGACUUGGGACUUUCGCUUCAACAACGAGGCUGGCUGGCUGCUAUACCGUUUUUAGCUAUCAUCCUGACGUCGUACAUGUGGGGUUGGCUGGCUGAUACUCGCGGCCGUCGCUUCGUGAUGCUGCUCUCGAUGGUGCUGUCAGCGUUAUUCGGCAUCGUAUCCAGUUUCGCUCCCAACGUACUGACCUUCGGACUGCUGUCUUUUCUAGCAUCAGUCUUCAUGUCCGGCCCAUCAGCUGUGGUUUACACUUAUCUGGGAGAGUUCACAAACCUUCGACACAGAGAUAAAAUGGUGGCAUUCGGAUCAUCUUUCGUUGGCAUCGGAACUGUUGUGUUACCUGCCGUGUCCUGGCUUAUUCUACCGCUGGAAUUCUCCUACCCGAUUUCGUUCCUGGAUAUCUCAUAUCGACCCUGGAGGCUGUUGGUUGUGGCGUGCUGCAUUCCAUUCAUGAUCGGUACCAUCUUUCUCAUCCUGGCACCGGAGAGCCCGAAAUUUCUCAGCGCAUCCGGAAACUCGGAAGCAGCUUUGAAAGUUUUGAAGAGAAUAUAUUCUGUUAACAAUAGAGUGCCCGAAGACACGUUUCCGGUUAAGAGUCUAGUGUCGGAAGGUCAAGGCGGCAAGUCCUCAACCGGCUUGCACGGUGUGCUGGUUUCAAUGCGAGACCAGACCCUGCCGCUGUUCCGAGCACCGCUGUUGCCUUGGACGCUUCUUGCGUGUUUCGUGCAAUUUGGAAUAUUUGCCAACACUAACGGUUUCUACGUGUGGUUCCCUACAAUAUUGAACUCUCUGUUGACACACGACGGUGACGAGUCUAGGAUCUGUGACGUUCUUCAAUCAGGACACAAUUUUCCUAAUAAUAACACGGAAGUCGUCUGUGAUGAUACGAUCAAUGUGGCGACAUUCGAGAUGUCCAUCUACAUCGGCCUCGUGUUUAGUUCCAUGUAUAUCAUCGUGGGCUUUCUGGUGGACUUCGUGGGCAAGAAGAGCAUCUUGCUGGUGCUCUUACCUUCCACCGGCCUGUGCGGUAUCGGAGCCCAUCUCGCGUCCAGCAAGAAAAUCGCAGUAGUACUGUUCGCCAUAUUCCAGAUGUGCGGUGCAUGUAUCGGCCUCAUGAACGCGGUAGCAGUGGAGCUCUUUCCCACAAAAAAUAGAGCUAUGGCUAUUUGCUUGUCGAUGAUGAUGGGCCGAGUGGGAUCGAUGGUGGGCUCCAACCUCAUCGGAUUCUUCCUCUCGACCAACUGCGGACUCAGCUUUUAUCUUUUUGGAGGAGUUUUGAUAAUUUGUGCUUUGUGUUGCUUCGCUCUGCCGGGAAGGAGUGCGAGCGACUCCGCCAAAAUCUGUAAGGCAAAGAAAACUGAACAGACAAAUGAAACAGCCUGACGUUCAGCGACAAAUAUACUACAAGAGGCUAUUAUUAGGACCAUUGAAAGAAUGAAUGAAUAGUGAAUGGCUGAACGAAUGAAGAAUUGAAUGAAGUAAUUGAGCAUAAUUCUUAUCUCUGUAUAUAAAAUGUAAAUAAGAGUUUUAUCUAUGUACAAUUUUUCUUCAAUGUUCUUAAUGGUACGCUUAUUUUGUUUAUAUUUUAAAUAUAAUUAACUCUUUAAUCUCUACAUUACAAGAUUCAUUACAAAUUUGCAAUUGUUUUUAAAUAAGCUGUGAUGUAAAUAUAAUUAAAUUAGACCUAAUUAUUUAUUUAAGUUAUUCUUAAUUUAUGACAAUAAUUAAACAGAUUAAGAAAUAUUA